GGAUAUUUUUCCAAGUUCAUAAAUAUUUCAAGUAGUUGUUUGUUGUUAUUAUUAUUUUGGUUUGGGAGGAGGUGCGGAUAUGAGAGUUAGGUCUCGAAAUAGUGUCAACUCAUUCAGUCGCCUCUGAAGCUCAGCUCCGGUCUCAGCCUCGGGCAAUCAUCUUUACUCUCAAUGGUUUUGGCUCUUCAGUUCGUAUUUCUUCUUCUUUCACCGAUAUGACUACAAGAGUUCCAGUUCAACAUUACGAUCUCCCAACACCCAAUUCUUUCAUCGGUACCGCUCUUCAUGAUCUCAACACUUCACAUGGAAGCCCUUCUGACGUUGAAGCCAUCAGCGACGUUGAUCGCGACGCUGUCACUGAUGAUCGCUUGGACGACGAUCAAGAUUCCACUGCUGUUGACUGUAUACACGAAUCUUACAGAAGCUCUUUACCUAUUCAUACUGUGGGAGUUGAAGAAGAUCGCUCAAGUCUUGAGAAUACUGGGUCUUCUAGGUUGUCUUAUGACUCUUUAACUGUAGAGGAUAUUUCACCUAUUGAAGCAGCACGAGCAAGAUUUCUGCAGAUCAUUGUGGAUCAUUUUAUUCAUGAUCAUAUUCUCGAAGUGACUGAGACUGACAAUGAUUAUAUCUCUCAGUCUGGACAGGAUAAAUUGACAAAGAGGAAGACUAAGGAAGUCCAGUAUGAAGCGGAUCCAAAAUUUGUCUUACCCUUGAUGUAUGUUGCAAAUAUGUAUGAAACACUUGUUAAUGAUGCAAACAUAAGGCUUGCUUCCUUGAGUGGCAUCCGUGAUAAAAAUAUUGGGGUAGCCCUUGAAGCAGCUGGGGGUUUGUACAGAAAGCUGGCUCAGAAAUUCCCCAAAAAAGGCCCUUGCACAUAUAAGAGAAGAGAACUUGCAACUUCUCUUGAAACAAGGACUAGGUUUCCAGAACUGGUAGUUCAAGAAGAGAAGCGGGUUCGUUUUGUGGUUGUUAAUGGUUUAGACAUUGUUGAAAAACCCAAUAGAAUGUCGACUGAAGAUGCUGAAUGGUUUAGACGAUUAACAGGUCGUAGUGAGGUAGCUGUGUCUGCUCAGGACUACAAGUUCUAUUCACCAAGGCAUAAAUAUAGGCGAGUUGCAGCAAAUUCUGUGUCCAGCAUUUCCAGUUUGAAUACAUUUUCCAGCGGUGACAAUUCUUCUACUCUGGCUGGUGGUCAAGCAUUCCGCUCUCCCGGUGAACAACAGACACCCUGCAAACAUCAUAUCCAACAACUGCCUCAUCAGCCUCAAUUUCAGUCUAUCCAUCAGAAUCAUCAUCAGUCCAUGCACCAAAGUCAACAUACUUCCCACUUUGCUCACAAUCAUCAUUGUGGUCAACCUUCACAGUUACAGGAUAUUUCCCAUACUCAUCAUUCUCCAACAUUGUCACAACACAUGGCUUCCUUGCAACCUCUUUCAGGUGGUCAUGUUGGUGGGCGCUUGCAUCAUGGGCUGCCAUCCAGUCCAGCCAAGUUCUGUGAUGAAUGUGGAGCUCCAUAUUUAAGAGAAACCUCUAAGUUCUGCUCAGAAUGUGGUGUCAAGAGGUUGGGAAUUUGAUGUGUAUUGUAUAAUGAUCAUUGUUAGUCUCUAAAAAGAAAAAAGAAAAGAAACUAAAUGUUGUAUUUGUAUUUGUAUUUAGUUUUCUUCAAGUUAGUCCACAUUGAGUUUUCUGCUAUCUUUGUACAUAUUUAGAACUUAAGUACACAUGCACAUGUACUUACCAUACCCAUCAUAUUUGAGUCAUAUCUUAAAGGGGCAUUUGACACGUGGAUUCUAAGAAUAUUAAGUUGUAACUUAAGUUGAUGCAUUAGGUACUAUAUAUAUAUAGACUUUACUAAGAAACAUUCUUUCACAUAAACUUACCUGAACAAAACCUAUUUUAUUGGUUGUAGAAGUGUAUUCUUGUUCUUGAGAACCAUUGUUUCACUUUGUCUUAAAAGGAUAAAUUAUGUUACAUUUAGGGCCUGUUUGGGCCUUAGGUUGGAGUGGAUUAUAGCCCAAAUCUGGCGAUAGCAAAAAAUGAACCCUAUCGGUUCAAUAUGCAAGGGUCAACCCAACCUAAAAAGUCGGGUGGGGUUGAGUUGGAUUGGCGGGUUGUUUAUUAUAUUAUACACAUAGUCAGGUUGGGCUGGUUCAACUCGACCUCUUACUUGCACAACCUGACUCAAUUUUUUUUGUCCAAUUUUCUAACCCAACCCAACCUUUUCGGUUUGAGUUGGGUAAUCCGGAUUGGUCGGCUUAGCUGAUUUUUUUGAACACCUGUAUCCCUCACUUUGCUUCCUUCUAAAAUCCGGUACUGGCAACCUUCUACUUCUCCUGCUUCCCUUCUCCGUUCUCACUCACUCGUUUCCUUCUAUUUUGACCAUACUCUAUUUCCUUCUAAAAUCUGCCAUGGCGGACCUUGAAACUGCAUCGGUUGGGAAAUUCUGGUACCGACGAUUGGGAUACAGCAAGGAAUUUGAGGAGGCGUUCGGUAGAUCUAGAGAAGGGAGCAGAAGGGAUUAGGAAGAGAUGGAGGCGGCGGCGAUGGUAGUUCAGAAUGAGAAAGGGUUCUUCUUCUUUGUCGAUUGUGAGGAUGUUGAAGAAACUGAGAAUUCCAAGCUUGAGGAAGCUUUUGAGGCGGUAAUGGCAACUGGUGAAUACAAUGAGAGGAUCGAUUGCGAAGGUAUUGAAGAGAUUUAGAUGGGAGAUCUUUUUGCUGGAAAUUAUUUGUUUCUUCAGGUUAAUCCAAGCUCUAUGAAAUGCUUGUAGAAUCAUCAUCAUCAUCAGGAAUUUCCCUCAAACUUAUUCACUUCCAAGCUUUACCUAAUUAGUAAUCAGUAUAGUUUGGUUUUCUUCUUAAUUUCUCUUAUAAUUGUUGAGUUUUAUGUGAUUUCUCACUGCUUUUGAAAUUUGAAUGUUAAUUAAUAACCAACAACUGAAGCUGUUGACAUGGAGCUGAGAGAUGACUUGGAGCGUUUGAAAAGGAUCAGAAACCAACGUGGUCUGAGGCAUUACUGGGUCUUUGUGUCCGUGGUCAGCACACUAAGACUACCGGUCGCCGAGGGAAGACUAUUGGGUGUCUCUAAGAAGCGUUAAACAAUGUCUGUUUUUAUUUUGCUUCGCAAGCAAAGUUUCUGUUGGAUGCAAUAUCUUAGGUUGAUAGAAUUGGUUGUUUGAGAUUGGGUUUAGAACUUUUUGGAUUUGGCUAUGGAGUUUCUUAAGAUUGAAAUCCCAGAGGAGCUUAUUUUUCUCCAUUAUCUGCUUUGCAUUGUGUUUUGGUGUUUGGUGUUGAUUAAUGUUAUAGCCAUUUGAUAAUUUGAUUAGUAACCAUUUGACUUUUAUAUAUACAUACAUAUUGGGAAACUUAUGAUGGGAAA